UCAGAAAUGACCCGAGGAACAUGAAAAAGAGAUUAAGGCGAUGAGGAAAAUUUGUGAGGAACCUGAUUUGAUCAAGACACUGACUCAUCUGAACAGACGAUUUAAUUCCUGACAAAAUGUGUGUGAGAUAUCUUGGAUUUCUCCUGGUUUGGUUUCCAGGAGUACUGAAUGCACAAAGUGCAGCUCAGCCUUGUCGCGCUCCCCGUCUGAACGGUGGUUAUUUGGUCCCUGAAAAAGAAGCUUAUUUUCAUGGAAUGACGCUCAGUUAUGGCUGUGAUGACGGACUGAAACCAGCAGUGGAGGGUUGGUGGGCAACGAGCACAUGUCAUAAUGGUUCAUGGUCCCAUGAGCCACAAUGUAUAGACGAAAACGCUUGUAUACCACCAACUAUCCCCAACGCAAAAUACUCUGCCAACACAAAUGGUUGGUAUAAGCACGAACAAACAAUCAGGAUAACAUGCGACGAAGGAUAUGAUUACAAAGACCUGGACGCCACAGCCAAAUGUAUAAAUGGAACAUGGUCCUCUGUGCCGGUCUGUGAGAAAAGUACCCAUGCAUGUGGUGAGCCCCCUAAAAUCCCCCAUGCAGUCAUCAUUCAUCAGACAUACAAGGAGCUGUAUCCUGUAAAUUCAGAAGUGCAGUAUGAAUGUGAAGAUGAAUACACCCUAGAUGGAGCAGGCACCGAAAAGUCAGUCUAUUGCAUAUCUGGAAACUGGAGUGCAGGCCCAACGUGCAUCGCAGGAAGAGAAACCAGACCAGGUACUGGACAGGGUGGCUCUGAAGUGGGGGGAACAGGAGGCAGCAGACCAGGUACUGGACAUGGUGGAUCUGCAACUGGGGGACACACUACAUCUACUGGCGGUGGGACAAAGCCUGUGGGUGGAGGCAGCAGACCAGGUACUGGACAUGGUGGAUCUGCAACUGGGGGACACACUACAUCUACUGGCGGUGGUUUAAAGCCUGUGGGUGGAGGUAGGUUAUUGAUCUGUAUUAAAUAUGAAUGA